GUACUUAUUAUAUUUAACAGUUUUGGAAUACUACAUUUUAUGUCCUAUUAUAAAUUGUCUGGUCUUAUCUUAAUAGCAUUAAUGAAAUUGUGUAGCACAACUACAACCACAACCUACAUUGUAUAAAGUUGAAUAAUAAGUUAAUUGGGUUUCAACCAACAAAAAUCAAAAUACGAAUUGCCGCUCAUAUUUUAAAUAACAGAUAUUUGCUUGAUGAUAACAACAAAAUACUAAAGACUGUAUAUUGAUAACAACAUUGUGAUACCGUAACAGUGUUUUUAACGACCAUCAAUGUGCAGGCACUAUCUUAUUGUAUGUAAUUUGUGCUUCCUUAAUAUUAUGGUUAAAAUAUAUUUGAACAUUUCAGUAUUAAUAUUCAGUAAAUAGUUUAAUAUUAUUAUACGAAAAUGAAUUUUGAUGACAUGCAUGUUUUGGCAAAGCGGAUUGAUUCUCAGAUUAGAUCGUUAGAAACUAAAGUAUCAGAUCCUAUGAGUAUGAUGUAUUCCAACAUUUUUGGUCAAGGGGUCAAAGUAUUGUCUAUGUUGAAAGAUACAAUUGAAAAUAUUGGAAGGAACAAAAAAGAAGUUGAGCAUAUGAUUCAAGAAGAAAACUCAUCGUUUGAUUGUCUACUAGAAGAUUUUAAUACUGUUAAUAGAUUUAAAUCUGAAGUUGAAGUGUUCUUGAAUGAUUGUGAAAAUACAUGGUCUUCUAGUUUUUCUGAUUAUAAACCAUUCAUAUCAUAUGAUAGUUCUAGUACAACAAAUAAAGGUUUGAAUGGGUUCAGUGAUCUCAGUAUUCAAGAUGAUAUACAAAUAGCAGAUCAAAAAGUUCAGAAAACUACUUUGACGAGUUUAAGAGAAAAUUUAAGGAAGAAUUUAACGAAGAGUGAGAAAAAGAAGGAUAGUAUGUCAUAAAUAAAAUAUAACACUAUUUCA